CGGCUAUCUACACCGAAGGUAGUGCACUCAUUAUUUUAUUUAACUGCAUUUGUAUUUAAGCCACGUAGCUACAAGUAUUAAGCUAACAUUGUACAUUCAUGUUGCCAAGAAAGACAAGAAGCGUAUGAAAUAUAAUCAGGAUGGGUAGAGGCUACAUUGUUGAGGAGUGUGUGGAGAAAUACCUAACUAACCUGUCAGCAGCUGCUGGGUCAUGUGAGACUGGACUGUUUAUCGGCCAGUGUUCAGCACAGAGGGACUUUGUGGUUCUGGCUGUGCGGACGCCUCACAGAGACACAGAGGCACCCACAGAGAGCCGGAGCACCCCAAGCUCCCUGGACAGCAUUGAUGUGGAGUGGGUAGCUGAGCAUGCCAGACAGGUUUCUCGGAUGCUACCUGGAGGUGUGAGCGUUCUGGGUUUGUUUCUUAUCGCACCACCUGAGGCGUCAAAAGAAGCCCAGAACACGUUGAAAAAGCUUGUCUUUGCUAUGGAUAAAUCCUUAUCCAAAAGCAAACUAUGGGAUCCAUCCGAGGAUGAUGUGACUGAGCGCAUCACCCUGCAUAUCUGUUCGAAAACAAGGAAAGCCAUCUGCAAAACUUUUGAUGUUAAAGAUCCAAAGUGUUCAGCGAAGCCUGCAGAUUGGAGGUACCAGAGUGGCAUCUCCUCCUCAUGGCAUGUGAUUACCUGCAAUGUGCAGCUCGAUGUGCAGAUCCCUGUGACCUCUGAAAAGGUCGACAUGUCCAUAAAGGACGGACUGAGGACAUGGGCUAAACAGAUCGUGGCUGCUCUCUGUCUCAUAAAUGGCAAACCUGUAACAGAUGACUCGGAGCUUCUGUCAGGGCAGAAAAAGGGCACAAAGGCGAGCCAGCAGCAGACGGUUCGAGCGCAGAUCCUCAUCUCAUCUGAUGCAGAUGCAGGGCAGAUGUCCACCGCUGUGGUGCAGGACAGCAGCGGCUCAGUGUGUGUGAGAGGAGCCGUUCACUGCAGAGCUUACGUUCACCCCAACAAACCCAAAACCCGACAUGCCGCACUGGCACUCAAGAGGGAUGUAGUGAAUACAGUUUUCAACCGUGUGGAGAUGCUCCUGGAGGAUCUGCAUAUGAAUGAAAGAGCAGAUCUGGCGUCUGGGCAGCAGGAUCUUCCACGGCGUGUGUUUGCACCGCUAUCUGGCUCUGGCCUGAGUGUGUGUGACUACAUUUUCCCAGAUGAGAGCCCAGCGGAUGUGGCUGAGCGGUUUAAAGAAAUGCUCGGUUGUGACUUAUCGGAGGGGGACGUGGACACCAACAUGGAGGCUCAGACAUGUUGCUCUAUUUUGGAAGCGAAAGAUGGAUGUGAUGAUGAAGCCUCUCGCAGCUUGCCCGUCCAAUCCAGUACUGAAACAGUGCCAAAAAAGAAAGCAGCAAUACAAUAUGCAGCAGGCAUGGCGAUGGCAGCUGCAGUCGCCCUCUUGGCCACAGCAACGUCGCUUCUCUAUCUUUCUGAGUAACAUCAAGACUAGAUUUAUUAUCACUUCAUUAAAACUUUUCUAGGGCAUGAUAUUUUUUUAAACACAAUUCCCAAACAUGAUUAUGUCUAUGAGUCAGCCUAGAAGCGGAAUGCAUUAUUAUUAAUUUUGCCCAACCUUUCAGCAAAUUCCCACCCACUACAAAACCGUUAUAAUAUAUCUGCAAUUAAAUGUGUUAAGGUUCUCGAACAACCA